CGGACCACCUAAUGGCUCAAUCUCGUGACGUUGCUUUCCACCUCCUCCGUCGUCCUUCUAGAGAACUCGCCGCCGGGAACCGGCGCGGCUUCCAUUGCGCUCCUGCCGCCACCACGCCUCCUCAAGCUCUUCUCGAAGCACAAGCGGCGGCCGCGGGGUUACAGUUGCAGCGCCUCCGCUCCUCCUCACAUCCCACUCGAUCUCCUACCUUCGCAGAAAAGCGCGCGGUUCCCGCACAGUUCGAUAUGCUCCCGCUGCCACCAUCGCCGGGAAGGCGGACGCUGUUCCUGACCUCCACGAGAUCCAGGAGAGGCUCCACAACUCAGCUUCACCAUAACAUGCUGCCCAGGUUCCUGAUAUUGGGGGCCACAGCACCCGCUCCUGUCCUAUCGACUUCACCAUCGAUCCCUGGCACCAUCCAUCCACAAGUUGGCGAGCAACUGCAAGCGCAAACAUAUUCAUUGUCUCCGCUACUUGCAAAGGAUUCAACAAAGUAUGCAGUGCCUAACACAGUAACAUGCACUUUGGAAAUGAAUUCAUAGUGACAUAUCCUUGCGCAUGUUGCUGCACUAGAUGAGCCCGUGCUUUGUGUGCAGUCACCUGUCAUGCUGUCCAGGAGAAGGAAGGCGGUGAGCUCGGAAAAAACACUAAGUUGUUGAAAUCCUUCAGCCAGGUUCUUGGUGAAUGCAAGUUUGCUCGGUGCCGUAAUAACAUGUACAUAACAGAAUAAAUUUCUUGGGUAGCAGGGAACUAUCAGAUAGACAGGAGCAUAUAUAUUUGCAAGGAGCUUUGAGUAAUUAAAUUUAGCAGAUGGUAUUAGAAAGUUAUGCUCCUUAUAACUGUCAUGGUUCGCAAAGCAUUGAAGCUGCAAUCUUUCACUACAGAAUACAGAUUAAUAGCUUGAUUGUUGAACUUGCAGAUCCUACAAAGUUAUUUUGUGCAGAGGUGUACAUCUGUAUCUUGAGUAUUUGA